ACUUCUCCCUCCCUUCCCCCCACCCCUCUCCCUCUCUCUCUCGAGCCCCGCGCUGCUGCUUCUCCUUCUUCUUCUUCAUUUCUAGAGAGAGAGAGAAAGACAGAAUCAGAAUCCUCGCUGACCACAGAGAGAGAGAGUGUGUGUGUGUGUGUGCGUGCGAGCACGCACCUGAAGCAAAGCUUGCAGCAGAAGCGUGAGCUGGAAGAAGUCUUGCUGCUCGGAGCUCGGACGAGGUGAGCAAGGAUGCCGGUCUUCGCCGGUAAGCAGGUGGUGCCGGUGGACUACGAGGUGGAGGUCUCUCAGCGCCUGCUGGAGGCCUCGCUAGCCGGCGAUCUGGACUCCGCCCUCCAGUGCAUCGCCGAUCCGUCCGUGGACGUCAACUACGUCGGCGCCGUCAGCCUGAAGACCCGCCGCACCGACGUUGUCCCCCGGGGCGAGUCCGCCAGCGAGGUCCGCGUGGAGUACGAGGAGUUCAGGACGGACGUCACCGCGCUCUUCCUCGCCGUUCACGCUGGCAACGUGGCUCUUGUGAGGAAGCUGCUGAGCAUCGGAGCUGAUGUGAACCAGACACUCUUCAAAGGCUUUGCGACGACAGCAGCAGUACGCGAGGGCCACCUUGAGAUUUUGGAGAUCUUACUGAAAGCUGGAGCUUCACAGUCCACCUGUGAGGAGGCUCUGUUGGAAGCAUGCAAUCACGGGCAAGCGAGGGUAGUGGAGCUUCUCAUGAGCUCUGAUCUGAUUCGACCUCACAUAACCGUGCAUGCUUUGGUCAUGGCGUCCGGCAGGGGAUUUGUGGAUGUGGUCGACACUCUUAUGCAGUGUGGAGUGGAUGCAUGUGGCACAGCUCGGGUGUUGCUCAAAUCAACUAAGCCAUCUCUCCACAUGAAUGUUGAUUGUAGUGCGAUUGUUGCUGCUGUUGUAAGUAGGCAGGCCAUGGUUGUGCGUCAACUCCUACAGGCUGGUGCAAGAACAGAUAUUGAUGUCAGACUUGGGGCAUGGUCGUGGGACCCAGCUUCAGGAGAGGAGUUCCGGGUUGGUGCUGGACUUGCCGAACCUUAUCCAAUCACGUGGUGUGCAGUUGAGUACUAUGAAUCAAGCGGCUCUAUCUUAUCAAUGCUUCUCAAGCACCUCUCCCCUAACAGCCCUCACUAUGGAAGAACCCUCAUUCACCAUGCCAUCUUAUGUGGAAACUCGGAAGCAGUAAAUGUCCUUAUAAAGUCUGGUGCUGGUAUUGAAACCCCGAUCAAGACAACAAACUUGAAGGCUGGUAAUGUUCGGCCAAUUCACAUGGCUGCUCGUCUCGGCCUUUCCGCGGUUCUCCAGUGCUUAGUUGAUGCAGGCUGCGAUCUGAACUCCAGGACAGAAUUGGGGGACACAGCCCUUAUGAUCUCCGCAAAGUACAAGCAUAAAGAGUGCUUGAAGGUACUGGCAAUGGCUGGUGCUGAUUUUGGGCUAACUAAUGCCUGCAGUCACUCAGUAAGUUCGAUUGCCGGGUCGAACCGCUGGGCCCUUGGUUUCCAGCAAGCGGCGGUAGAAGUACUCCGAUCAGGAAAGAUUCCAUUUUCCAGUGAUUACUGUGUUUUCUCCCCCUUAAUGGUAGCAGCUCAAGUGGGCGAUGCUGAGGCCGUGAAAGUUCUGGUUCAAUCUGAGGCAUUCGACCUCGACUAUCAGGAUGAGAACGGGUUUUCAGCAGUCAUGAUCGCGGCCCUGAAGGGGCAUGUGGAAGCAUUCCGAGCUCUUGUUUAUGCAGGUGCUGAUGUAAGGCUGAGUAAUAGAGCCAGCGAAACCGCAAUCUCCAUAUCGAAAUUAAGUCCCAAUCGGGACCAGUUUGAGAAGGUCAUGUUGGAAUUUGCACUAGAGAAGGGAAGUCUGAACACUGGAGGAUUCUAUGCCCUACACUCUGCAGCUCGCCGAGGAGAUCUUGGGGCAGCAAAACUACUGACAUCCCGAGGGUGUGAUGUUAACAUACUCGACGGAGAAGGGUAUACUCCGCUCAUGCUCGCUGCUCGGGAAGGACACGGGCCCAUCUGCAAGCUUCUCAUAUCAUGCGGGGCCCAUUGCCAUUUUAAGAAUGACCGGGGUGAAACUGCGCUCUUCCUCGCUCAGAAAAAUGGCGGAUCGAAACACAAUGCCGUGGCUGAGAUAUUACUUGACGAGUUUGCCAGGGAAUUAGUAUUAGCUGGGGCACAAGUGCAGAAGCACACAAAGGGAGGUAGAGGUAGUCCUCACCCGAAAGAGAUUAAGAUGGUCAUGCCCUCUGGCGUUCUUCGCUGGGGAAGCUCGAAGGGCAGGAAUGUAAUAUGCCGAGGAGCCGAAGUAGGGCCCAGCAAUGCUUUCCGGAAGAACUGGACAGGGAAGGGUGAUGCUGAUGAGCCAGGGAUUUUCCGAGUGGUGACUACGAAGGACAAGGAGGUUCACUUCGUGUGCGGAGGCGGGAGGGAGCGGGCCGAGCUUUGGGUCCGGGGAAUAAAGCUUGUGACUAGGGAGGCUAUAUGUGGUAAACAGGGGAGCACGUAAAGUACGAGGUUUUGGGUCCUAUAAUGUACAGAUUAUGUCUUUAGAUUUAGAGUGCUUCUCCUCGAAGUGAUUGAUUUGUUAAGCUGCUGUUAUUUGCAUGUAUAAAGGUUCUAUCAUUGGCUCGAAAUGUCCAUUUGAUCAUUUUAAUAGAGAA